AUGGAUUGUGUAUCCCAUGUGCGCCGCAACUUGAAUUUGGCUGCAAGCAUGCUCUACAAGGAGCGAUUUUUUGAACCCUCCGCAUUCAGUGCCAGCUUCGUGGAAAUUAACAACAUGUUCGAGGAACUACGCCGUCAGUUUCUGCUGAAAGUGGAUCAAAAUCAUCUAGAGUUGACCGCUUGGCAGAAGAACUGCGUCUUGAUAUCGGAUUAUUUCGUUUAUCAUCGUUUCUUACUGCUCAAACAGCUUACAUUUUUCUUUAAUCACAAAAAAACUACCAAAAAAAUGCCGUUUGUAUUUGCCAUUGCUUGUUUUGAAGCCAGGAGAAGUCAUAAAUUGCUCGGCUUGAGAAAGUCUAGGCAUCUAAGAUGAAAUACAUGUGUUUUUAAUAUAUCUGACAAAAGCUUUGUUAAUUCAUAUAGGAUUGACAAGCAUACGUUCAAAAAGGUUUUGGAGGUAGUAAAUCCAGAUUUGCAAGUGACUAAAUUGUCACACUCAAUUCAAUUGGCUGCUGUGUUGUGGUACCUGUCUACUGGCUGCUAUCAGUGGCCAAGGACCAUCAUAUAAACAUUGGACGCAGCACAUUUGGAAAGAUUCUUUGAAAGGCUUCUCUGUCGGGAUGAUAUAUCCCUGCAAAUGUCUAGGCAUCAAAUGCAGAAAUCUUCCGUAAACUUCUUUACAAGAUAUCAACUGCCAAGAAUAGUUGCCUGUUUGGAUGGAACUCAUGAAGCCUGUAAACAAUUCCUGUUUUCUUUAAUAGAAAGGGUUAUUACUAUUUGGUGGUAACACAAGUCAUCACAAGUAUAUAUAUAAAAGGGUAGCAAUGCGACGGUUACUGUUCCAUGACCUCGGAUUAUCAGCUUUAACUUCACCAUAUACAUAUGUAGCUUUCCUCUGAUGUGUCGGCAUUUUAUUAUUAUAAGACCACUGGAUGGCCCGAAGUUAAGUGCGCUCGCAGCUAUUAUGUUCCUUUAAAAUGUGCCAGACUUUAAAAUGGCAUCCCUAAUCAUGUGGGCAAGCUGGCCAAUCCCUGUGAAAAUUACUACAACCAAGACUGCUGCGAGUAGAACAUUUGUUACACCAACGACUUCUUCUUCGAUAUUAUACAAAUGCUGGAUCACAAGGUUAACCAGAACUUGGUUGAACUAAUGGACGAACUAGAGCGCAGUUCUGAAUUGCCGCUCUUUAAGGCAUCCAGUGUAGAUGGAAGGGUCUGUCGUUACUACCUCAGUUGCCGUGGAGCACCGCGAAAUAUGGGAGAUUUGGGCCAGUAACUAAAAAUAGUUUCCCCAGGCGAAGGACUUACAUGGCCCCAGUUUAUCCCGAAUGGUAGUUCUUGGCCCCAGAAUUAGAUAUGGGAAUAUAAUAGGUGCCAUACCCAGCGCAUACCCAGAACUCCAAGUGUUGGCGCGCAAAUUUGGGUACUUUUCUGUCCUCAAGGAACUAAUAGAGAAACAGGAUGCCCGGGUGGUGGCCAGCUACAUAAUGAUUCGAUUGAUGAAUUCACGGACGGCAGAGAAUCCAUGAAGUGUAUGUACACCGCAACAUGAAUUUGGCAGCGAGCAUGCUCUACAACGAGCGAUUUUUUGAACCCUUUCAGUGCCAGCAUGGUGGAAAUUAAGGACGACGAUCAAAAUAAUAUAGAGUUAAUCGCUUUGCAGAAGACCUUCUUCGAUAAAAAGGCAGAGAAAGUUGAGAUCAACAUUAGAAAUCCGUGAAAAACCGAUGAUCUUCGCAGUUUCGUCAGCUAGAACCAACACCUGAAAGGGCACUAAGAGGAGGAGGAUAUUGUAAUUAUAGUACCACUUGGGAUAUAGCAAGAGCCAUUUUUAUUUUGGGACAUCACUUAAUAAGCGCCUUUGAUACUGAAGGCAUUACAAUUGACACCGAUGGAAACGAUCAACAAUUUCGAUAGCAACGUUUCGAAGAAGGAGUCACUUGCUUGUUAAGCAAUGGAAAGGAUAUCGAUGAAAGCAUGGGUGAUAUUGCUGGAACUCGCCUAUUCUACAUACUCUAAAAAGGCGAAGAAUCGAAAACGUUUGGACUUUACCCAUGUGCCACCGGAGCAGUUCUUCUGCGGCAAUAGCGAUAAUACUCACAUUUUUUAAGGCAUUAGGGAAACCAUUUUUUUUGCAAAAAAGUUAUAUAUAUACAGUGGGGAGCAAAAGUGAUUCCACGAUCAACGUUUUCAUUUUUGAGCUCACUUAAAUAUAAAACGAAUAAUGUAUCUGACAAAAACUUUUUUUUUAUUGAACACCUUGUUUAUUUCUUACAAUUAGGCGUAAAUAGCAAAAUAUAAAAAGAAAAAAUGAAAAAGUAAUAAUUCAAAAACAAAAACCAGCGGCAUGUACUCAGUUUUGCACCAUUUUAGAAAAAAUACAAAAUAAAUUCAUUAUUAAUAUUUUUUCCAAGACCCUUAUUUUCUAUGACAUUUUUCUUACAUUUUGUUUUGACAUACUUUCAACUAGUUUUUCGAAAAUUUCAUUUUGGAAUAUUAUUCCAGUCCUGUUCAACACGCCCCCAAAGAUUGUCCAAGUUGGAUGGGACUGACUGAUACUGUCUGAGCCGUCUCUUUACGAUUGACCAUAGGUUUUCAAUCGGAUUGAGGUCGGGACUUUGCACUGGCCACUCCAUCAUCUUAAAAUUUUGGUUUCCGAUCCAUUCUUGAACAAUUUUCACAGUGUGCUUGGGAUCCCCAUCUUGCUGAAAAGUGAUUUUCUGAUCUGGGAAGGCAGUCUUGUCAAGAAAAUUGGGAAGAUGGGUUUUCAAAAUGCUCAAAUAGUGUUGCUUUCGCAUAAUAGACGGGAUUAUUUUGGAGUCUGUAUCUCCAAAAACAUAGAAGCAGCGCAAGUUUGUCGAUUCAUGUUGCCACGCCCACUCUAGUUGACAAAACUAUACGGUAAAUUACGGCGUAAAUAAACCCAGGAAGAAGAACUGCGGCCAGCACCAAUAAUAUUGAGUCCAAGAAAAACUCCCAAUCUAAUUUAACUUUUUCCGCAGAAUCCUUAUAACAUUUGAUGGGAUUAAAAACGAUAAAGUACUAAUUUAAGAGCGAUAAAUGUACUGCUUUAAGUUUGGGAAAUACUUAAAAUAAAUAUUAAAAAUACUUGAACCAAACACGUCCAAUUUUAAUAUUAUAUGUGCAUUACAAAUACCGUGCAUUUGUACAAAUUUAAAACUGAAGUAUGAAUAUUUUUAUUUUCAGAGCAAACACUUUUUAAGAACGAAUCAUAUUUAUUGUUUAUUUACACGAAUUUAAUAAUUUCGUUAUUGAUCUUUAUAUAUAGUACAUAUAUACAUAAAAACUUCCAUAACUUUUUUCCUCAAAAUUAAAUUGUUACACUUUUCUUAAAGUUCUUACAGCUAAACAUAUUUAACGAAACGUGCUGCUAAACAAAAUAACAAAUAGAAAGUCCUGGGCAUCUAUAAAAACUGAAGAAAGACAAAUAUAACUAUAAGUAAAUAUAAAUUUUGUUAUUACUUAUAUUACCUUCAUUUAUUGCCGACUUUGCGUCGGUAAGCUGUUGCCUGCUGAGAUGGUUUUUAAUCUUCCUAUCGUAAAAAGGAAACACUGCGCUUCAGGUCGUCCUAUUUUGAAACCAAUGCAUGCUCUUUUUCUGGGCAUAUUUCUCAGAAGUCGAUUUUUAACUGUAAAUAUUACACAUUAAUUCAUAGAUUUAUUUUAUUUAGAAAAUGAAGUUAACAUUUGGCAACACAAAAGUUUUAUACACAUACAUCCAUACAUACAUGCAUACGCAUAUACAUAUAAUAUGUGUGCAUGCAAACACGUGCGCAGGCCACCGACGCACUAUAGGGUCAAAAAGCUGUGAAGCAAGAAGUAAAACUUCGAUAUUUUUUUAAAAAACAUGGUAAGCAACCCCCAUUUUUUACUUUAUUGGUUUAUUUUAAGAUUAUAUUUUUUUUAGAUCAAAAAAUUAAUUUUUGUAAAAUGAAAAAAAAAAUUGUGUUGUUUUUUUUUUGAAGGCCCAUUUUUCAACAAAUAUAUUAUAUAUCAUGAACAUAAAUCAAAAAACAGAACUUAAAUAUGUUGCUUGGUUCUCGAGUUAUUAAUUAAUUCCACAAAAAGUGGUCGUUGGCCCCAUAGUGCGACGAUUUAUGUAUGUAUAUAUGUACAUACUUUAAUUAAAGAUUUGUACUUACCCUGCAGAAAAAGGAACACACACACCGUCCCCAUUUCCUCUAAUGCCGUCUUAAGCUCACUAUCUGAUGUGUCUACAUUUUCACUUACCAUUUUCACUUUAUUCUUCAGUUAUUUCAUUUAAUUCACUUUGUGCUUGUUACUCCAGGAACUUUUUGACACUAAAUGAGAGCCGUGUUGCAAUCGAUUAUCAAAAAAUAUAUAUGUUUCUUCGACAACACAGAAGAAUGGCUGGAUAUAUUUAUAUUGUGAAAUUCGAGUAAAACUAGUACUUUUCUAAGUACUGUUGUCUUACAAAUUUUAAGUACGACAGAUAACAUUUUUAAGAACGUUCCUUCUCAAAUUAUUCGUUCUUCAGUUUUCUGAGUGUAUUAUUUUCUUAAAUUUAAACACGUUUAAAUGUGCUUUGCUUUUAAACGAUUUGUUACUUUUGAGCCCAGGCCCAUUCCAAACCGAACUCAACCGGACUGAUUCCCGACUCACCAUACUGUGAGUCCAAGGGGUGGUCAAAUCGCCCGACUGGAAGACCGGAGCAAAAGCCUGAGACAACAGAAAAGUCGGGCGAGCAGCAGGUGAAACGGGCUCAGAGCUGCCUGGUGGGAAAUGGUAUGGAAACCUUUUUCUGCGAUGCCAAGUAUAUCAACAAAGGACCUAGCUAAGUUCUGAAAAAGGUGUACCGAAGUUUGAUGCAAAGUAUCUCUAAAACAGAAGAUUUAUGACUAAAUGAUUAAAAGACCUUUAAUUUUUACAACAUACUUUAAACAACGUUGAGAAGUUUUAUUAAAAAUAUACAAUUAUUAAAUCUUACUUUGGUAGAGCAAUAUAUAUAUAUGUACAUAUAUGUAUGUACACAACUGACAUCCGACCCGAAAAUCUUAUUAUUCAAAUUUUGUAAUAUCGAUCCGUCCCGAUGAAUACAAUUUCCAUCUUAUUUAAAUUUCCUGUGCAUUUGCCACCGGGCAUUUAUAACUUAUCACAAACGCUCAUUAUUCAUGAUUAUACUUUGGCUUUUGUGCAAAAUUGUGCAACUACCGCCGCAGUCCUGGCUCACAUGGACUACUGGCUGUCUGGUCUGUCAGAGGUUUCCUAUUAUUGCGGAACUCCCCACCACCGCUCCCAGUACCAUUCUCAAACCCAGUCAAGUCGAUUGAAAAAGUGGGUGAUACAUCUUUAACUGGUCAGCUAAUUGCAUCAAUCACAAUCUGUUUGAGAAACUGCAUCGACAAUUAAGUUAAAUGUCGGGCAUUUCCCAAUGAUGAAGUGCCAGACUAAAGUUGUAAUCAAGUUGGAUGAACUUUAUAAAAAUUACCCACCGAACGGUGAGCUCAAACGACUUGUAAUUGGCAUCAUCGGGAUAGUUUCCGGAUACCCUAUCUGCCAUAAGCACAAGCUUCCCUUGGUUUUUAAUUACUUUUCCACGUAAAGCUUAUCAUGAGCUCGUCCUUUUUGUAAGCUACGUUCUCGUAUGAUUAUAAAUUCUUGGGAAACAAUUUUCAUAGUUUUAAACCGGGGAAACGGAAAUGAAAAUGGACUGGGGUACUGACAUUGGUGCUGGUAAAACUCUGUUGCCGAAUUUGUGAUUACGACAACCGGAAGGACGUGGAUUGUAGUUUGCAAUAGUUAUAGUGGCAGAAAUAGUAGUAGUAGUAGUAGUAUUACGACGUAUACUAUAUUACUACCGCGACCAAGAGCAACAAAACAGCAGUAGCAACAGCAGAAACAGCAGCAGAGUCCAGAGUGCAAACCAAUUGAAAUUAAUUUGCAUAAUAUAAAUGUGAACAUUAAGCAAUAGAAUGGAACCGAAUCCACUUUUCACAGGAAGCUAAUUCUGGGAUUAUUCACAGUUUACUGAACAUAGUUUUCUUGCACAAAAGUUCUUGCUCCCAAAACAGUUUUUCCCUUCCGACCUCACACUUUCUGCGCUUUUCUUUUCACAUUUUCAUUUAGCAUUUGGCGUUAAUUGCAUUGCAUUCGGUUUUAUUAGUGGCUUGUUUAAUAUUUCUUUGAAACUUUUAACCUGUACUGGUUUCACUGAACUUUAUUAUGUCCUACUUCACUAAUUUGUAUAUAGUGUUUGGUUACCCCUAGAAUAUUUCUCCCCUGUGAUGUUAAGAUACAAUAUUAUGAUGUACGGAUUCUUCACUUAAUAUAUAAA